AUGACAUCAAAUACUGUGCCUAUCUAUCGACAGGGACGUAAAUUUUAUGUAUCUACUGAAGAAUAUGCUCGUAUACGUUCGGAAGAUCGACGACAGCGUCGUACAGCUGUACAAAAAUCUCAAAAUUUACCAAUAUCGAAAUAUCAACAAACGUCUAUGAGAAUGCCUUCAGCAUCUUUUUAUAGUUCGAUUCAUCGAACCAAUUCAAAUCCAUAUGAACAGUUUUAUGAAGUACUUAAAAAACCACAUUUACCUGCUAAUUCAUUAAUAAAUGCUGUUAAUCGAUAUGAACCAAAUAGAUUAUCUCGUUCGAUGUUAAGACGUUCUGAUGAUCAAAAUAAUUUAUUAACAAUUCCAUUGACAGCCUCAAGAAAAUCAUCAUUAAGUAAUAUUCGUUCAAGUUCUUCCGAUAAAAUACUUGAUCUACAAAGGAUUUCAUUACCAAUAUUUGAUACUGAUAACGAAGUCAAACAAUCACUUUCAGAUGAAAUUGUACAACCAUCAACAUUAUCACCACAACAAUCACCAAGUGUAUCACAUCGACCAAUUUCAGAUUAUGGAAUAUCUCCUAUAACAGCAAUUUCUAUGACACCUACUGAUCAGACACAUACGCAAACAAAUGCAUCAAAAUUUAUCAAUUAUUUAACUCGAAUGAAACAUUCAAGUUUAAAUCCUUCAUCACAACCAUCAUCACCAGCUAUCUCCGGAACUGGGUCAUUUCUUGAAACAGGUAUCCAAGGUUCUGAUCAUGGUUAUAGUGUACUUGGUUCAUCAUUUCGACGUGUUGGUACUGGUCUAUCAUCAUUAGUAACUCGAUCAGCAUCUGACAACAAUAAAAAUAGGAAUCUUCAGGAUAAUCUAACAAAUGAUCCAUUGUCAGAUGAUAAUAAUUCAUCUAUACCAUCAUCAACAGUAAUUCAACAACAACAACAACAAAAGAUUGAUUUAAAUCCUUAUCGACAAUUAGAAUCUAUUGGUGGAACAGAUGAAGAUUCUGGUCAACAACGUGGUUUAUGGACACGUUCAACACAUCGUAGUCAAUCAACUGAUGGUUUAACAGAAAAGAAACGUGUUCGUUUUGCUGAUAUGGAAGGUUUGACAUUAGAAUUUCGAUCUGAUAAAAAUCGAAUAUCAUCAUCAGUCAAUAAUCAAUCAUUAACAAGACGGCCACAUAUAAAAUAUCCGAGUGAUUUACGAGGACGACCACGACCUUUUUAUAAUACAUUAAAUCAAACAACAACAACAACAACAACAACUAAAACUAAUGAAAGUAAACUUGCAACUGAUGUAUAA